AUGAUUGGCAGUAUUUCUUAACGUACUUCGCAGUUGUAUAGUUACGGUUUUAAAAUGUAUUCACGAGUAGCGAAACGAAUUUAAAACAAUACCAACACUUUUCAUGUAUUUCCAAAUUACUCUGUGUUUCAAAUACUUUGUCGAAUGAUAUUGCAAACAUAUGCCAUAGAGAUUCGCCAUAAAUCUUUUUGCGCAAACGUGACGAGAUCAUUGAAAUUUGGCGGUAACAUAACCUUUAUAAUUAUCUCGACAAAAGAAUUUAUAAAUGAUUUUUUCGAAUUUCUUCUUCUUUAAUACUACGCCCAAAAUAUGAAGGAGUUGGAAGAGGUUAACUGCGAGGUUCGCAGCAUUGUAGACAUUCAACAUUCCAUAUUGAACCACCUUAAUAGUUCAGAAGGAGAUAAUGGUGGAUUAUCAAACAGUUUGCAAUUAUACAGUAACCUUUGCGGUGGGUUCUUGAAUGAUGUUACAUAUGCUUGGCUGAGUUAUGGUUGUCAUAUAAUAGUUUUCAAUGUUAAAACUGGAGAAAGUACUAGUUCGUGGACCUUUCAAGGAAAGAUCACUUGCGUGUGUCAGUUUCCUGCAAAAUCUGGGGAGCUACCAUUGCUUCUUGUUGGCUUAGAUAAUGAAGCCACUAGAAUUAAAGAUUCUGUGGGUUUGCUCUGCAUCUUUGAUUGUACUACUUCUCGUGUCUUGAGAGCUAUAAAAAUGCCAGCUGGUGUAGAACAAAUUUGUAUUGUGUCUGGGGGUGCAGAGUGGGAAGAAUUCAAUGAUAAGAGACCUGACGACAUACUCAUGCAGAUGGAUGGCAUAGCUUGUGUAGUACUACGCAAUCUUAAUCAUCUGAUGGUAGAUCUUCAGAGAUCUGUCUGGGAAGUAUCCGAUCUAUCGAUUGUAAUGGAUGAGGCUUCCCCAGCUGAAAUAGAAUUUCUAACAACUAAGGAUUCCUUUAACCGGCAUCGGUCAAAUAAAAGUAAACAUAUGGCUUGCAACUUGUUGAAUCAACGUAUAGAGAAGCAUAUUGGAUUUAAUAGAGAAGAAUUUGAAUCAUCUGUUUUCCUAGAUGAAAAGUUAACGAAUACCAUAGUCAGUUCUACGAAGAUUGGCUGCUUGAUAUCUGGAUGUUUGGGUAGAGUAAUUAUAUGGCAAAACGAUGGUUCCGUGGGAUGGAUCAGUCUGCCUAUCAAUGAAACCAUGAUAGUAACGCAUUUGGCACUGUUGGAACCAACCGAUGAUCCUCGACCUUUUUAUUACUUGUGGGUUGUUUUUCAAGACGAUUCGUUCAAAGUACCGCCUCUAUUAAGAAUGUUUGCCUUAUUGUUCGAACGCAAAUACUGCGACAGAGGCACAAAUCUUUACUUCAACUUGGAAGCCGAACCCAGCCUCAAAUUUGAGUUUGAACUGGACACAAACGACAGAGUUGUUAGUCUAUCCACCAUAGAAAGAGGAACAAAUCCAGAUCAAACUGAAUUAGAGUUCAAACGAGGAGAGGACAGCUUGCUACUAGUCUCUACUACUGAUCGAGCCGUGCUCUUCGACUUGAAUCAGUGGUACAAAGAGCAGAUGCCUCAAAACAUCAGCGAAUGCAAAAACCCUAAUAGUAUAUUAGCUAGUUAUAACACGAGAUUACGCCCUUCCACUGUUGCUAGCAGCGAAAUAAUCAGCUGCGCUUAUGUUCCCCGUAGCCUGCAGGAAUUCCCAAACAACAGUUUAAGCUCAUCAGAGGAACUUUUUUACCCAAAUUCAUUGUCCCUUGAAUGGAUAGAACUGAGCUUAUCCAAACUGACAUUCUGGCUGUAUCGGGGUAUCCAAGCUGAGCUGCUACGCGAGAUAGCGCUGGCAGGACCACUGGUGUUUACCCAGCCUUCCGAGAUGUUCCACAAGUGUCUUUCGGUUGGCCUGGUACCCUUCAGCUCAGACGUUUCUUUCACGAGUGAUCUUAACGUCCAAAGAGACAUGCUGCUGUCGCUCUGCUUAGAACAGCGUUGGACCACCUUUUUGAUUAGAUGUGCAAAGGAAUGGUCAGACGGUAGCGUGGCAUACAUGUACCCAAUCUUCUUGAAAUGGGGCAUACAACGCGCCUCUUCCAUAAAAAUGAUUGCGGAUAACUUAUGCAUACCUCUGUUCGACCAGUCGGGCAACAACAUAGGAGAAUCUGAAGUGAAAACCCUUCGAUUCUGCUUCCAACAGCUGGAAUGUUUGUCAAACGUAGUGGCAAAGUUACCUUUUGAAACGGGGAACCUAACAAAACAGCGGAGAGCGCUUAAAAGGGUGUCCAUGUACUUUCAAGUGCUUCUAUGGUUCUAUGAUGUAGGUUUACUGCCUGAAUCGCAGGACCUGGAGGAUCCUAUACCCCUCUCCUUUGCACUGAAGAUUCCCUAUCCUUACGAGAAACUGCUUUCCUUGUACAAGGAGAAGCGAGAGUCCGUUAACGAUAAACAGAGCGGUGAAAACGACGAGGUUCUUUUCAUAGAUGAGUUGAUAACACGAGAAUGUCCUGUCUUGAACUUGCAGUGGGAAAGAGAGGCUGGGGACGCGUCCAACAACGGGCAUUACCCACCUCCGUCGUUACAGUCAUUGCUGAGGAGUUACUUGACCGACUGUAAUCAAACAGAGUCCAAUGAAAUCGAAUUCAAGCAUCAAAUCACCAUUUAUCUUCUGAUGGAUUUAGCGAUGUUAUUGCAAGGAUCUUAUCCUGGUGUGGACCAGCUGAUCAAGUACCCCUCGUCGUUCAAGAUGAGCCCCAGCCUUAUAAAACUCACGCAAGCAUUCUGGCUUCUCGAUCAUGAUGAUUAUCAUGGAUUCCUGGAUAUGAUGACUGGCCCAUUAAUCUGUGACUCUGACGUCAAGGAUUGGCACCACAACCUAGUGUUGAGGACCUUGGUGAAGAAUGGCCAACACAAAUUAGCGUUAAUGUACUUGCGUAUAAGGAAGCCUCCCUUAUCCUCCGUUCGGGACCAAAGCACUUUAAUUGGCCUAUCGGUAGAGCAUGGAUUGGUCCAAUCAGCCUUCCAGCAUAAACCGCAAUCUCACUAUGCCCAGCUACUCAUGUGCUUCUUUCAAGCCUGUAAAACCUACGACAAACUGGGCGACAUCCUGCACCUGGCUCUGACUUCAGAGGAGGAAGAGAUGUUCAUCAAGUUCCUGGAAGAGUCCAAAUCCGAAAAUAUGCGAUUGCUGUACUACUUGCAGCGUUGCCGUUACAUGGAGGCCAACAGUGGUUCGAUGUCUGUUGCCUCUAAGUAUACUCACGCAGACAUGCUGAACGCUUACAAUGUAACCCUACCAGAUGUGAUGAAGAGGUUCUCUGUCAACAUGGACAAAACAAACUGGGAUACAGGCUUGGAGCCAAGGUAUCCCAGACCUAUGACUUAUAACAGGAGCUCCCAACGCGCAACGAGCCUUUACGAAACUGUUAUCAAGAAAGCAAGAGAGACUUUUCUAAGAGGAGAGAAGUCUGUGAUCCCUUUCAUCACUGCCCCUUGUACCACCUUGAAGCUGAACGAUGAUAAAAUCAACAUAAACUGUAUAACGUCUCCAAAAGUCUUGCAGACAAGUAGGAAGCGUACUUUAGACGAAGUACAGCCUGAAGAAGACAGUGGAAUGAGAACUCCUGACAGGGUGAAGCGUAGAAAGUUUCUCGACGAUGGCGAAACAGCCCUAAACGCUGUAUUCAGCACUCCUUUAGUGAAACGGAAAGUAACCAGUAACAGAGGCACUCCCAUUGAGACCCCUCAGUCUAUUUUAAAGAUCAGGCAGCUCAUGAGGAGCUCGGUGUCUCCCACUGCUAGUGGCACCUUGCAGAGGGAAGCCACAGACAGUCCAGUGUCUGACAGAGAAAAAAAGAUCAACAGGCAGAUACGGUUCAAUAUUCAGAAAAAGAACAAUUCCUGUAAUGGAGAGGAUAGUUUUAAGCUUAGUCUGUCCGAGGGCUGUGAAGAAGCAUUUUUCAGUUCUACAAUGAGCGACAAAUCCCUCAUGGAGAGCACAGUCUUGUCUGAUAGUAGUUACACCUGUAAAAAUAUAUACACUGCCCGUCCUAGACCCAGUCUUAGGAGAACUUAUUUGCAGACAUCCACAGAGUCAUUACAGAACCCUGUAGUUAAGUGUUCAACGUCUAAGAGUUCUACAAAUUAUCCCCCGGUGGAUUCACCCAGCACAUUAGAAAACUGCUCCAGAGUUCCUUCGAAGCCUAUACCGCAAAAUUUAGGAAAGGUCACUUCGAUGCUUUCUAUUUCCUGCCAAUCUUCAGCGGUACUUUCUCCGGAUAGUAGCUUUGAAACGAUUGUUCCUCCAAAAACAUCGAGGAAGAUUAAUCAAGAGUAUUCAUGGAACACUUCCAAUGCCGAUCCUAGUUGCCUUACUUCCUCUACUCCUUUCACAAAAGAUCCUAGACUCGAGAAAAAAAAAGUGAAUGUGGACAACGUCGAAGAAAAUUCUGAAUUGUUCUCGUGCGCACAAAGUAUAUCUCCAGUUAUACCCAAGUCCAAUUGUCUCCAAUUCAAUAACAGUGAAAAGGGAAGCAGCGAUAAAUUAAGGGAAGAUAGACAAACUAAAUACAACAAUGGAGACAUCUUAAAGAAUAGAAUCUUGGAAACUGAGUGUGAACAGAUGGAUGUCAGUCAAGCAAAAGAUUUUGUCCAAGAAGACGCCAGCAAUGAAGAAGAAUUCGAAAGCUUUUCUAGUAGGUUAAACAAUGACUCUGCUCACUCUGAAAACAGGAAACACAGCAUUCAUCAGAAGAACAGUGAACACUUCGACAUAACUGAUGACGAGUCUUGGAACAGUGGCGACGAAAUGGCUCUAACUCUCAAUGAGACACAUGAGAAAAUAAAACAAACACCCUCAGCGCACGCAGAAAAUAUCUAUGAUGCUUCAAACAUUACCGACGAUGAAUCUGAUUCUAGUGCGGAUCCAACUAAACCUGAAAGAAAAGAAGGAAUAGGAAUACCUUCCUAUUCGAGAAGGAGUGUAUAUAAAGAAUCUACAAUAAAAGUAGUUUAUGAUCAAAAAGAAAAUGUAGAAGAACAUACGAUAAAUAAAGUCUCGACAAGUUAUGAUAACAAUAAUUGUAUUGUCAGGGAAGAAAUGGAAGAGGUAGUUCCUGUUCACUCUAAAGACAUCUCUAGCAUAGACGAUGUGUCCUCCUUUAUUGAUGAGGGUAUUACGCCAAGGGUGACCAGGUCUCGUAGAGCUUCUUCGAUAACAAAAGAGAUAGAAUCACCCUCCAAGAUCGCUGCAAAAUCUACAAGAUCGAGGCGAGGAAGUUCACUAGUGAAGGAGGUGCUAAUUGCCUCUAUCGCAGACGAAGGUAUUAAGCGAACAGUUUCGUCUGGAUCGGAGGAUUCGUCUGGCGCCUCGCCAAGGAAGGUCAGAGGCAGAAGAGCAUCUUCUGUAGCGAAAGACAUUUCACUCAAAGAAACAGAAACGGAAGAUAAAGUACCUGUAAGACGUAGCAUGAGACGUGCUGCUUCUGUGCAGAAAGAACUAUCAGAAUUGACGAAGCCAUUGGUUAGAAGCAGUCGGACUCUAUCAUCGUCCAAUUUAGUAACUACACAAGAGGAUGUGAAAAAGCAAGUGAAAAAUAAAGAUUCAACAGUAAAAAACUUGUCAGACGAAAGAAAGUCAAAUGUAACUUCAUCAAAGUCAGCAAAAGAGUCAAAGUUGAAGGAAACAGAGGCGGAAGAAGUGAGUACUGUAAAAUCAGCGAGGAGACGUAGCAGUUCUGUGCCUAAAGAAAUAGAGGACAAGGUGAGAAGUCGAAGAUCUAGCAGCGUAGCGAAAGAAACUAUUCCAGAGGAUGGUGAACUCUCAUUAGAAACCAUGAAAGGAAGACAUAUAGUGCUACCAGCUGUGGGCAGUCCAGCAGCAAACACGCGUAGUCGGAGAUCAUCGAUACAGUCAAUACCAGAAGAGCUCGAGGAGAUUUUGAGUGUGCCAUCAAAGGAAAGGAUCUCUGCUGCGAGUAACAGGAAACAAUCUGCACAGAAUACUCGACAGAGAAGAGCUUCCAGUGUUGAGCUUUCGCAAGCUGAAACGCAGAGGAGAACCAGAAGUGCUCGCGGUAAAAGUGUCCUCGAAGAGACAAUAGUGGAAGAGGAAGCAGUUGAAAUGGAAGAUCAAGUAAAUUCAAAUGUUUCUAAGGCUAAGAAAAUGCCUGCAAGAAGAAAACGUACUGCUUCAGGGACUUCAGUUCCCCAAGAAACGAGCGAAGACACCUCAAAAUCAAGGAAAGGUAGAAAAGGGAACAACCUGAAGCAAAACAUUACCGAUGAAUUUUCAUUCUCACAGCCAGAGAAGGGGGAUGCUCCACCAUUGGAUCAGAAAGCUAUGGGGGAAGUGCCGAAUUACGUGUUUUCACCUCCUCAUACUAGGUCGAAGGCUACCACUUCCUCUGAAGGAUAGAGGAACAACGCAUUGUACAGAAAAUUUCACAGGUUGAAAGAAUGGCUUAAGAUCCAAAGGAUAUGGCUUACACCCAAAACUUCAGUUCGUAUCAACCUUUUUAACUUGUCGUUUUCUUGAACCAACAGUUCUUAAAUGACGUGUACAGCAGUAACCAUUAUAACAAUGCCCUUUAAAUGAUUUCGUUGUCAAUAGAAAGAGAGAAAUUUCCAAAGUGGUUAAAAAAAAUUGUUUUUUGUUAGCGUAUAAUCAAUAAGUCCCUUAUUUUAAUUAGUUUUUUUCACCAAUGAUGAAUUUCCUAUCAAUGUCGAAACGUGUAAACAGUUGUACAGAAAGAAGAUUUUGUUGAACCAUAUUUUGAGAACAUUGAAUAGCACAGUGUUUUCAAAGUGUAUCAUUAGAGCAUAAGGUUGAUUAUUUUCAUAGACAAUUCGCUGAAUAUACUUGUUACAUUGAUAUCAUUCUUUUCUUAACGAUAACUUCAUGGUAUAAAUUAUAUAUUCUAUAAGGUUCUGAAUGAAAAUGUGUAUCAUAACUUUGUAAAUAAUUUAUUGAUAUACUCGUGUAUAGCUGUAUUCAUACAAUAAAUGUAAAAAAAGAAUUAAUGCAUA